GUUUCCCUUGGUCUUUAGUCUCUGCGGCGAAUGUACGGGCUUCGAGGGUCUGCGGCGGCCAAGACAGUCAAGAAUGUCAUAAAACCCACACCAAGCCCUCAAAGACUGCGUAACCCUCACUCAAAGGUGCUCACAGUCCUAGGAGUGGAGACUUCGGCGGACGACAGCUGUGCGGCAGUCGUCACUUCGGACCGUCGAAUACUUUCAAAUGUAGUCAUUCGGCAGGACGAAUAGUGAGCUAUCUUGUCUCGCAUGCAUGAGUUUCUACUACUGAGUAGCUCCGUGCAGCCAUGAGCCCAACGGAGGCAUACAGCCGUUGGUGGCAAUAGAGGCACACCAGCGGAACCUGGUGAGUUGCCUCCGGUACUCCAUGUACACGCUCGAAACGACCUGAAGUCUAGCCCGGUGCAGUGCAGCAAGCUCUGGACGAGGCAGGCAUGUCCCUCCAGGACGUGGACGGCAUCGCCUACACCCGUGGGCCCGGCAUUGGCGGCUGUCUCAGCGUAGGAUCCAAUGCAAUGCGGACGCUGGCAGCAGCCAU